AUUUGCGUACAUCUUCAUGAAUGUCAUGAUGCCGUAUUCAAAGUCAGUUGUACUUAUUUAGAAUAUUCGAUAUUCCCAUUUGUUUUUCUCUUACACUUUCCUGAGCACAGUAUAUUAAGUGUAAAAUUCAAGGUAUGUGAGAAGUGCUCAGCGCGCUCACAGCUCUGCAGUGUGGUUAUAUUGUGCCAUUAACUACAUUGUAACCAAACUACGCAUGAAUGAAUCAUCCUGCGGAAAACACAUGUCAACUUCAAUUACAAGUAUGGUUUACCUUGCAAAACAAAUGCGCCUCAGACAGUGUAAACAAUGUGAAAUCUAAAGAAUGAUUUUUUGCAGAAAACUCGCGCUUCAUUGCGCGUAAAUCAACUGUCCUGCUCCUUUUGAGACGUGAUCUUGACACACGCUUUAUUGGGAAGCGCUCACGUGCUUCACGUUUAUAGAAAGGUUAAAAACGUCAUCUCUAGGCUAUUCAAAAUGGGCUGGGGGCUCUUUUGUCCGUUUCCCUCCUAAAAUCACUGAAGACCGUACAGCCCCUCCCAUAAACCCCCUGCACACCCCGCGCGCGUUCGGGCUUCACCAAUCAGAGCGCAGCGAGGUCCAGAUAAAAGCAGCGGCCGCGCUCCCGUCUUCUCAGUGUCCUGAUCCCGAUCAGAAACAUGCCUGAACCCGCCAAGUCCGCGCCCAAGAAGGGCUCCAAGAAAGCCGUGACCAAGACCGCCGGGAAAGGCGGCAAGAAGAAGAGAAAGACCAGGAAGGAGAGCUACGCCAUCUACGUGUACAAGGUGCUCAAGCAGGUCCACCCCGACACCGGCAUCUCCUCCAAGGCCAUGAGCAUCAUGAACUCUUUCGUCAACGACAUCUUUGAGCGCAUCGGCGGGGAGGCCUCCCGCCUGGCGCACUACAACAAGCGCUCCACCAUCACCUCCAGGGAGAUCCAGACCGCCGUGCGUCUCCUGCUGCCCGGAGAGCUGGCCAAGCACGCCGUGUCCGAGGGCACCAAGGCCGUCACCAAGUACACCAGCUCCAAGUAAACUGCUCCAACACAAUAUACACACACAACGGCUCUUUUAAGAGCCACACAUUCUACUAAAGAGCUCCUCUGUUCUGUCUGUGUUCAUGUCUUUAACUCUCCCUGAAGUCCUGUGUGCUUCUGGACAUGUAUGUUAGAUAACUUUUUGUGGUGGAGCGUCUGACUCGUCUCCGUGUCAUAGUCAUUUUUUGGACAAACUAGAAAGACAAAAAUAAUUCUGAAUCAUGUAGAGCGGGUUCAUAUAAACAUUUUAUGACUAAAAUGUCGAGAUUCGCAGCAGUAGGUAC